AUGAAUGCAAAAUGUGCUUGCUCAAUUCCUGCGUGUAAAAAUGUGAAUGUUUUUAAAGUUUUUUUCUCUUUGUUUUUUUUGUUUGUUUGUUUUUGUUUGUUUGCUUUUUUUAAUUUUUUAUAAAUUGAAGUUGAAUUGUUUUCACUUGAAAACAAACCUUUUCCACUAAUAAUCAUACAGAUGACCGCAUUUAAGAAAUUAUGAUGUAGACACCCUAUUUCAGGAAUGUUUUCAACCGUGUUUUUUCCUGGUUUUUGACUGCAGUUCCUACAGGAAGUGUUGGAGCGGUGUGAGUGAAAGCCAUGCAGCCCCGCUGAGGCAGCCUCGGUGCGGCUGUUGCUGGGAGCUCCGGCCAAUCAAAGCCGCAGCUCUUCGGUGCAAGUAGUUCGGUGGCUGAGGUAGCAUGACAUCAUGCUCAUCUCCGUCCCUCUCCGCUACAAACUCCUGCUGAAACAUGGACCCGUCCCCGCAGCAGCAGAAGGACAUGUGUCCUCCAGCGUGCAUGUGCAGUGAGAUUUGACGCAGCUUUCAGUGUUUACUCCGAGACAGGUCCGGUGUGUGCGGCAGAAAAAGGGUGGGAGGACGUGGGGGAAUGGCGGUGGACGGUGCCGUGUCUGUGGAGUGGGACAACGGUGAUCGAGCCUUCACGGUGUAACUUGUGCAUUCUGAUGUGGACCCUGAUGCUCGGCUGUCUUCAUGGAUCCAGAGAAGACGCUGACUUUCUGCCUUGGGCUGAAGGCUCAAGAGAUGACAAUGUCCCUGCAGGAGCUGGUUGCACCUGAAGCUGUAACGGUGCCUGUGCUGAAGAUUGACAGAAACACCGCUGACAAGGUGGUGGAGCAUCAUGUCGGGUCUGGCAGGCAGCCUGUGGUGAGUCCCAAGUACUGUCCAGGAGCCAACAACAGUCCAGGUUACCGGUGUGAAACAGGACACUGCUGUGGGGAAACGGGCUGCUGUACCUAUUACUAUGAACUCUGGUGGUUUUGGCUGCUGUGGACUGUCCUGAUCCUCUUCAGCUGUUUCUGUGCUUACCGGCACCGUCGAGCCAAGCUGAGAAUCCAGCAGCAGCAAAGGCAAAGGGAAAUCAAUCUAAUCGCUUAUAACGGAGCCUGUAACUACCCGUCUUCAAUGUUGGACCUCAGUUUCCUGACUUCCCUGAAGCUGCCCUCCUAUGAGGAGGUGGCUGCCCAGCCCAGCACACCUCCUCCUCCUUACAGCUCCAUCUUCGCCCUCCAGGGAGGGACCACAGCGGGGCCCAGCUCUUCUUACCCCCAUCACCACCACCACCGGCACCCCUGUCCUCCGUACCUGGGCCCCGGCACCAGUGGGUUGACCUCCUCCCAGAGCUCCGACAACUACACCAGCUGCUCCUGCGAGUCCUGCUCCCUCACCUCCCCAUCCAGCACCUCCUUCUCGGUCCAGGUGACCGACGAGACGUAUGACAGCAGCCAUAUGUCCACACCCAGUGAAGCUGGGGGUGACUACGCUGUCGUGCCGAGGUCAUCACCUUCCCCGCCUCAAGUUCCCCUGGAUCUGAUACCCGCCGCCACUCCUGACGUCAUACCAGUGCAGCGACGCUCCUCUGCUGGCAGCGACAGACUCUCGCCUCCUUGUCCUCCUCUUUCCCUCCCUUUACACUCACAACUCUCACAACCCGCUCGCCUCCCUCUCUCCCCCCUCGUCCUGUUAUCUUCUGCUCCUCCUGGUCAAGUUCAUUUCCUCGUGCCCUCUGACCCACCGGCGGCUGUGGAGGCCUCACCCUCACCUUAUGAUGUAACGCCCUCUCCUUCCGUAAAGGAUCUGCACUCACCGAACACAAAUAAUAAAGGGGAGCAAAAGCAAGAUAGAGACGAAGACGAGGAGGACGAAGAAGACGAGGAGGAUCACUUCAGUCACAGACGGCUCACAGGCGACUCUGGCAUCGAGGUGUGUCGCUGUCAUGUGAGGAGAGGGGAGGAGGAGCUGCAGAAGGGGCGCUUGGAUGAGGGGAAGGGGGAAGGAGCGGUGCAGGAAGUCGGCGAAGAUUGCCCCAGAUCAAAGCUCAGUGUCCAAUCAUCCGUGUUGGAUCCGUGCGAAGAGGUUCCCUCCUCUCCCACUGUCAUCUACAAGGCCGAAGAGGCCGUCAUCACUGUGGAGUCCUCUUAACCUGACAGCUCACAUGAGGAGGCUCAGUAGGCAGGAGCUAGAUGUUUAUGCUUUACAGCAUUUAUGUAGAUCAGGACGAGUAGGUGAAGAGUGGGCGAAUCACUGAAGAAAUGUCUUGCAGAUCUUACUGUAGUAGUUGAGAGGAGUGUAGGUGUGACUGAGAUUUCUGAUCACUUUGCAAACAAGGCACUCCCAGAAAAACUUGAAACUGAAUAUUUAUAUUAGAUGAGAGAAAUGCCUGGGUUUAUGACUUAAAAAAUAAAUAAAAUAAAAGUGAUUCAGUUAUCGUUGCUGAAACCACUUGGCAGUAGCAAUGGCUUUGCUGUUAUCUGGCAUGCAUUGCAUGCAAAACCCACAACAGAGGUAUUCCUUCUGUCUUUCCUUUGUCUUUCAAUCUAUGAUACAGUGUUGCCCUUAAAGGGACAUUUUGACAUGGAAACCCCAUGUGUCUGGUUCUGGAUAGCUUUAGAGGCCUUUUACGGAAGACGGAGAAUUUAAGAUGUGAAUAGUGAUUAAAAAACAGAUUAAAACUGUAAUAAUAAAAUGUUUUUUAAAAAGGAUUUGACUAGAGGUUUGGACUUUUGUCUAGAGAUCCACCAAAUAAGUUUGACAGUCUUCCCUUGAGCUACUUUGAUUAGUGAAAUCAAAUAAAGAAUUUUUUUUAUUUUUCCUAUUCUAUCAACUCGCACCCUUUUUGGCCUAUAAACAACUUUUUGAAUUGUCUUACAUACAGAUACAGCCACAGAUUAGGGUAUUAUAUUGUAAUUCUUUCAUUGUUUUCCUUACAUUUUAAGCUUCUACCUCUAUGAAGAACAUGCAGAUUGUUUUAUUCUAUGUUUUAUCAGUCGUGGCUGAUUCUGAAAUCUAGAUCUAUGAUGAUAUAGAAUCAGUCAAAAUUGAAAUCAGUAGGUCAGACCUCAAAGAAAACUUUAAUUGGGUACAUAUGUGCUAGAAAAAGCUGUAUAUUUAAUGGGGUUUUUUUUACAUUGCGGACAGCUGUGCGCAAAGUCAGACAGCUAAAAUUCAGCUGGUUUUGGUUAUUGAACAACUUUCGACUGUUUUAGAUUUAAUACAGCAAAAAUAUUAGGAUCCACUGCCUUACAUACCACUGCUCAUUUCAUGUAUUAAAGUACAAAGCACAUUGUUAAGCCUGUUUAGACACUAAGAAAAAUAUUAAGGUUCUCUAGGGUGAAUCAUAGAAGCCUGCUGCUUCAAAAUAAACCUGGAUAGUGAGUGCUAUGUGUUCUUAACUUUCUUUCUACAAAGUUGGAUUAACAAAUACUGAACACAGACAUGCUAAAAAUAAAAUGUUUCACCAGCAUGCAUCCAGUUGUUUGUACAAGAAGCCAGAAAGCAGCGGUGUUUUAAAGCUUUCACAUCUUUAGAGUGGUAUUAUUGUGGUUCCACUUUGUUGUUCCAGACUGUUAGGUGUGCAUACUAUAAUUACCAAGUGUUUAACUUUGGACUGAAAGUGUCUUGUGUUUCCAGUAAACCAUUGCUCUUUUUGAAAGGCGACAUGAGUCUAUUUCCUCCAUGAACUGACUGUUGAGUUUUUGUAACAUUAACAUUUUAAAAUCAACCUUUGUCAACUGAUGAUGAAUGUAGAAAGUUUAUGCAUUCUGACAAGCAAAAUACAGCAAGCUGCAUGGAGAACUGCAUCACGACAUUGCAGUCAGACAUCUGGGACUGGUUCUAUGUCUUUCAGUAUUUUGUAAUGUUGAAUAUCAGAACUGAACUGAAAUGAAAUGAGAAUUUUUUUUUCUGAC